AUGGCUCAAAAAAGGUGCCUCCUCUGGGACUACACCAACACCAACAACUGCCCCGGCCAAAUGGACCAAGUCAACUUCAACGGCCCCAUGCACUCCGUCAGCAACUGGAAUGCCUGGACGCCGCCCGAGCUCAAAGGCCGCGCGCCAUUCCGCCCCAUGAUUCACGACGCCGGCAAGCUCUCCGGCACCGACUGGGCCAUCAUCCAAGCGACCCGAAACAGCAUUAUCCACUUCUUCAACGAGCCCGAGCGCAACGGCAUCUCAACGCAGCAAGCCGCGGACGCCUGGAACAGCCAGCUUCUGCCGCUCAGGAACCAGGGCAAUAAACUCGUCAGCCCUUCCUGCGCCGGCGACGACGCGGGCCAUACUUGGAUCGCGGAUUUCAUGUCAAAGGUCGCCGCUAACCCGCCCGACUUCCUCGGCAUCCACUACUACGGCGCUGAUGGCAACGCUGCGAUUCAAGAGAUCCAGAACAUGCACGCUUUGUACCCCAACCAACCCAUCAUCGUGUCCGAGAUCGCUUCCACCGCGCAAGAUCUACCAUCCGUGGUUGGGUUCACGGUCCAGGUUGCGAAUUUCAUGGACAGCACUGACUAUGUUUUCGAGUAUGGCUUUUUUGGCUGCAUGGAGCAUCUUGCGGAUAAUUUUGUCAGCCCCGCGGCGCAGUUGAUGAAUCCGGAUGGGUCGUUUACGGAUUUGAUGUUGAAAUUGAUGUGGGAUCAGCCGAUGCAUACGUGA